AUGUCUGCCCUUGAUACACUCGUACAGAUCAUCGCCAAUGGCGUCAAGGAUAUCCAGUCCAAGUCCGCUGAGCGCGGCACGUCCUGGCCUACGCCAGACACGCCUCUCAGCCCGGAGAACGAGAAGCUGCAAAGUGACUUUGCAGCGUCGACUGCACCCGUGAUCGCUGCUGCAUGCCAGCUCAUUGCGACCCUCAAGCAUCCACAUACCUAUUUGAUGGACCUCACGCUCUCGAGUAACCUUUCUAGCUCGGUGUGCGUUGCGGAGGCCGCGUAUGUGCCUAACAUUCUGCGCGAGGCAGGCACGAAGGGUCUACAUGUUAAUGAGAUUGCGGCAAUCAGAAAUGUCGACGCAGGAAAACUAGGCCGAAACCUAAGGCAUCUUGCGUCCCGGCACAUCUUCGAGGAGGUCGCACCGGACAUCUUUAGGAAUAAUCGCAUCUCUUCGUCCAUGUGCACGGGCAAGCUUGUCCAAGAGAUGUUGGAUAGCCCUAUCGACAGGUGGGACGGCACCGAUGGUUUCGCUGCCCUCCUCUCGUUGAACGGGGAUUUUAACCAGUGGGGCAACGGAUGGUUGGCAGAUCAUCUCCUGGACUCUGCGACUGGACACUCGCAGGAACCGAACGAGGCUGCGUGGCAACGCGCCAAGGGCACAAAACUGACCAUUUUUGAUUGGCUGGAACUUCCGGAGCACGCCCUGGAGCUGCGCAAGGUCAGCAUCGGCAUGCGUGCGACCACGAGCUCUGACAGCGACACUGUUGCGACACGAGGCUUCGAAUGGGCGUCACUUCUUUCAGGCAGCCUCGUGGUCGACAUUGGCGGUGGAGUCGGCAGCUUGACCAUGAUUCUUGCAAAGGUCCACAAGCAUCUCCGAUAUGUCGUCCAAGACAGGCACGCUGUAGCCAAGGAAGGCGAGCGGCUGUGGAAGGCAACUAUGCCCGGGUUUGUUGAGAAUGGCAUCGUGCAACUGCAGGGUCAUGAUUUCUUUGCGGAACAGCCUAUCAAGGACGCCGGCGUAUUUAUCAUCAGACACGUCAUCCACGACUGGUCGGACAAGUACGCGAGCAAGAUCCUGUCGCGACUGCGGGACGCGGCACAGCCAACCACCAAGCUCGUCGUGAUGGACAUUAUCGUAGACUACAUGUGUCGCGACUCUGGCGGUGUCGCUGACAUACCCGGCGCCACGAGGUCUCAGGCUCCGGAGCCGCUGCUGCCCUAUGCCGACUCGGCGACGGGUCGGACGUACAGUUUAGAUAUUUGUAUGAUGUGCGCUGCAAAUUGCCAAGAGCGUACGCUGGGGCACUUCGUCGAGCUCCUGAAGAGCGCAGGCUGGAAGGUUGAGCGGGUGUGCCGCUUUGAUUAUCCUCUUCCGCAGCAGCUCGUCUGCUCGCCUCUCUAA